AUGGUCAAACUACCGUAUUAUUUUCCCAACCAAAAUCAAUGCAUCGCGGCUUUAGCAGCAUCCUAUGGCGCACUUGUGAUCGGGAUGGUGUUCGGCUGGUCUGCACCAACGGGCCCACGGAUGUUAGCGGAGUUUCAACGAAAUUUUACCAUAAACAGUAACCAAUUUUCAUGGUCUAUUGCUUGCAUGCCUAUCGGGGGCGCCUUGGUUGCCAUACCAUGUGGCAUAAUGCUUAGAGCGGAAGGACGCAAAAAUACAAUACUAUUUUUUGUGAUACCAUUGCUCAUGGGAUGGGUGUUGCUAACCUGGGCCCAGGCAGCAGUGAUGAUGUACAUUGGUAGAUUUCUGCAAGGGCUGACUGUCGGUGCUUAUUUGACGUCGGUGCCAAUCUAUAUCGGUGAAAUAGCGGACAAACAGAGCCGAGGCACUACAAGUUGUUUGUUUCAGAUCAUGCUUAAUCUAGGCAUGCUGAUGUCCUUCAGUAUUUCGGCAGGCGUGAACGUGUUUCAGUUGAACAUUAUAUCCGGUUUUAUCCUUCUACUUUUCGGACCUAUAUUUAUGCUGAUGCCCGAGACUCCAUUGUACUUGCUUAAACGAGGACAUAAAACCAAAGCGAUAGAAGUUCUCAAGUGGUUGCGUGGUCCUAAAGGUAACGUUUCCAUCGAGAUGGAGUUGCUUCAGGCGCAAGUGGAUGCCCUCGCGAAUUAUCCCAUAAGAACCCUUAAAACGUUCCUGCAUAUGGCCAAAACGAAGAGGCCACUUGUUACCAUUGCAGGUUUGAUGAUUUUCCAGCAGAUGACUGGCAUUAGUGCAGUUUUGUUCUACACCACUAACAUUUUCAUGAAAUCCUCGGUUUCGAUGAACCAUGAAGUGGCCACCAUAAUUGUAGGUGCAAUGCAAGUCACCGGUGCUCUAGGUGCUGCGUUUGUUAUCGAUAUAGUAGGACGUCGCUGGUUACUGAUGAUCUCGGCUGUAAUUAUGGCUUUGUCUCAUGUUGCACUGGGCGUUUAUUUCGAACUGCUGCAUAAUGGCUCAGCAGCACACGUGGAAAAUUUGGAAUGGCUUCCGGUACUUGGGUUGUCCGUGUUUGUAGCCCUAUUUUCGGUCGGGUUUGGAUCGGUUCCGUCGAUUAUGAUCAGUGAAAUGUUUGCGAUCGAAGUAAAAGAUUUUGCUGGCUCUUUGGCUUCAGUUGUUAGCUGCACGCUAUCGGUUUUGACGACGCAAACUUUCAUUCCAAUGCAAAAUGGUCUCGGUGAGGCGGGAACAUUUUGGUUAUUUGCUGGAUUUUGUAUGCUCAGUACGAUUUUUGUUUUUUUAUUUGUACCAGAGACAAGAGGUAAAACAGUUGACCAAGUACAACAGCAAUUGGUAAACAAAAAAGCAUAUUUUUGGUUGGAAAAGUAA